UAGGACUAUAGCUGCAGUUCCAAUUUGACACCUAGCCUGGGAACUUUCACAUGCCGCAGGUACAUCUGUGAAAAUAAAAAAAAAAAGAAAAAAGUAAACUAGGACUUGAGCUGAAAGUCUUGCUUUAGAGCUCAUGCCCUUUUACACUUGAUUUACCGCCUUUCUAGUUCUCAUAACUAUGCAUAUGCCUGCUCAUAACUCUUCCCCACCCCAUUCCCUGCAGUCUCCUUAUCACCUCAGUUCCCCCGCUGCCUGGGGUAGCUGGGACCCAAGGAAAAUCCCGUAACAGUGCUAGGUCUCCAGAGAGUAGACAGACUGAGGGUCUCCUUUAGGUAGUGACAGCCACCACCAUCAGCUUUUCUUAGUCAAGGAACGUCGGACUCUUUGGAUUUUGAUGAGCUUUGAACUCGCAAAUUCCGUUCUUCUAAGGUGAGAUACGAGCUGGAGAGUGGGUCGUGGUCACCCCCUCAGACCCUUUCGCUGUGCUGAAACCGUGUGGGGAAAAGAGUUGUCAGCACUAAGCACCAAAAGGACCGCUGCAUUGUUGGUUAUGAGCCAAUUCUGGAUACUCUCUCACCACUGUCUCCUGGGCAUGAGACCAUUUCCUAGCCAAGAUCUGAAGAAACUCCUUGCCACUAACCACACUGUGCCUAAGAACUCUGAUGAACCCAGCCGCACCAUACUGGUUCCUCCAAACCAAGCUUCCUGGUAGAGCACAGGGAAAAGAUCAGGGUGCUCAUCAGAGCUCAGCUUUCAGUGCUGCAUUGUGGCUUUGGAGAAGCCCCUGCUUCUGCAUUCAGCCCUUCCCAGCUCUCAGCACAUUCCCAGACUUGAGGGAGGGAGGCUUCCAAGUUAUUAGAAUUAGGGUAUGUUUGUGUGUGUGGGCAGGGGUGCACGAUGGAAAGGACAGAUGUCUCCUUAUGUCACAUUCCAUCAUGUCUAGGGAGGAGGCAAGGACUUUUAAAGCUUUAGGGCUCUGGUGGGACCUGGGUGGAAGGAAGCAUCUUCAAGCAAAGAGCCUCUGGUGCAGCCGUCGCCGCGCCCCUCCUCGACAGCUCAUGGACUUCCAAGCCAGCCACUGGGCCCGCUGGCCCCAGAGUCGCACGUGUGGGCCGCGCCCGGGAUCCCCUGAGCCACCGCCCCGCCGGCCCUGGGCCUCCAGGGUGCUGCAGGAGGCGACCAACUGGCGGGCGGGGCCCCCGGCCGAGGCCCGAGCCCGGGAGCAAGAGAAAAGGAAAGCGGCGUCGCAGGAGCGGGAGGCCAAGGAGACCGAGCGAAAAAGGCGCAAGGCUGGUGGGGCCCGAAGGAGUCCCCCUGGUCGGCCCCGCCCGGAGCCUCGGAACGCCCCUCGGGUGGCCCAACUUGCGGGGCUCCCAGCUUCCUCACGGCCCGAGCGCCUGGGGUCAGUGGGGCGCCCGUCCCGUCCAUUCGCUCCGUCUGCGCAACCGCAGAGCAACCCUGGGGCGGCGUGGGCGGGGCCCUGGGGAGGUAGGCGGCCAGGGCCCCCCAGCUACGAGGCUCACCUGCUGCUGAGAGGCGCUGCCGGGAUGGCCCCGCGACGCCGCUGGGACCGGCCGCCACCCUACGUGGCUCCACCUUCUUACGAAGGCCCCCACAGGACCCUGGGGACUAAGCGAGGCGCCGAGCCCUCGCAGGCGCCCGCCUCUUCAGCCCCUGCUCCGGCCAGGACCGAGGGAGUGUGCACAAAGAAGAGGCUAGAUCCUCGGAUCUACAGGGACGUCCUCGGAGCCUGGGGUCUCCGUCAGGGACGGGGUCUUCUGGGGGGAUCCCCAGGCUGUGGAACAGGCAGGCCAAGGCUGGAGUCCGGUAAGGGGGCCGCGGAGAAAAGCCUGAGGCCGGCUGCUGCUGGCCUGAAGAGUGGUAGCGACCGCCAUCCCCAAGCCAAAGCUGCCGGGAGCCCAGGCGCGGAGACACUUCCUGCAGGGUCUGCAACUGUGACUCCCAGCCCCCCGCGUCCGGCUCCCAGGUCCAGGCCCCAUCCCACGGGCUCCGGGGAAGGGAGAGAAGGUAGAGAACAGAGCUGGCUCCCCAAAUGCUGGAUUCCCUCCGUGAAAAAACAGCUGCCCCGACACAGCCAGACCCUCCCCAGACCCUGGGCACCAGGAGGCACGGGAUGGAGAGAGUCCCUGGGCCACAGAGAGGAGGCAGGACCCGAGACCUUGGAGGGCUGGAAGGCGACCCGCCGUCCCCACACCCUGCCCCGAAGUUCCCGGGGCCGGGCUCGUGGGGAAGGCGUCUUUGUCAUUGACGCCACUUGCGUAGUGAUACGGUCGCAGUAUGUUCCCACCCCUCGAACCCAGCAUGUGCAGCUUUUGCCCGCAGGGGUGCCGCGCGCUGUGGAGGACGCCCCCAGCCCACCGAAGUCCAAUAAGGAGGAGGGCGAGGGGGCCACGGUCUUUCCCUCCCCUAGCCAGAAGCUGCCCUUAAGCAGUCGCCCUUCACACCAGCCGGGUGGGGGACGUGGGCUCGAAGCUGAGGGCGGGAAGCCCGCGGACUCCUCAUUGGAGGAGCGCGCCUCCCGUAUCUUAGGGCUCCCGGUCGGCGAAGUAAACCUGCAGGACCCCCCGACGCAGCCAGGUAGCCCAGAGCACUCAGCCUUAGGCCCAGCACCUUCGGGAGGCGCGGGCGGUGCCGAGCGCUCGGAGGAAGUGGCUGCCGUCCCGCAGCGGGCUGGCCGGGGCUGGGCGCGGACCCCGGGGCCCUACGCCGGGGCCCUGCGGGAAGCCGUGUCCCGCAUCCGCCGCCACACCGCCCCGGACUCCGACUCGGACGAAGCUGCGGAGCUUAGCGUCCAUAGCGGCUCUUCUGAUGGAAGCGACACAGAAGCCUCGGGCGCCUCCUGGCGGAGUGAGCGGACCGGGCCCCGGGAAGGCGGGAAGACAGCAGAGCUGAGUGACAAUGUCAGAGGGAUUCUAGAUGUCAUCAGCCGAACCGAGGAGGUCCUCUUCGGGGCUGGGGAUAACAAGGGGACCCCACAGGGAAAUAGAGAGCGACAGUGAGAGGCCCUUUAUUGUAUUUGUGUCCCCUUUCUUCCUCUCAGUCUUCCUUGUACCUCUUACCUAUACCCGUUCCCAUACUCGAAAUAGAAGGCACACAGAUAAAAGAAAAGGGAGCAUAUGGCAAUGCAUAAUUUUUUUUUCAGAAGAGGUGAGGGUGAGCAGUAGACUUUAAUGCCUGCUCCAUUCAGGGCACUCGGAUAAGGUCUUUAGCAGGGGCAGAUGCUGUAGGCGUGGAGCUGAGCAGAGAGGCCUAGCCAGGAUCAGGCAGGAGGGCAGGGAUGGGAUAGUCAUGGGAGGGCAGGCAACUUCAGGGCAGGGCCUCUGGGCAGGAGGGAGAAAGUGAUGGAGAGGCUUUGGACUGAGGUGACCAGGGGACAGAGAGGCCCUUAGCAGAAGAGCAAGUGUUCUUGGCAGAAGCCACUAGCAAAGCAGGAAGAGGGCUCACUUCGGUGUCACAAAUCUUGGGUUCCAAUCCCAACUCUGACACUGAUUUGCUGGGUGACCUUAGGCAAAUCACUUCCCCUCUCUAGGCCCUGUAAUGUGUAAAAUGGAGCGACUUGUAAGGUCUAUCCUUGAUGUUUUGGAGUCUUGGGGAGGCUUCUAUCUCAUCCUCCCCGUCACAAACCAGGAAGGACAGUUGGAAAUAAGUGAAGAGUCUGAGGGUCCCUGAGUGUCUUCAUUGUCACCUUGUACUCAUUCUCACUUCAGGAGACUAUGCAGGGUUUGCAAAAGAGCUGAGUAAGUGGACAAGGGCUCCUAUUCCAGUAUCUCAGGCUUAGGUGAAGGAUCCCUAUGGCAGGGCAGGAUGGUGGCCUUCUCACUUGUCCCUGGCUUGUGGUGGUCUGAGCUGGGGAGGGAAGGCACCCAAUGAAUCAGCUUGGGACCUCUUUAGGCCUUCCCCUUUUCCUCCUCCCCAAUGUUCCUUGGUGAUGCUCUGAAUAGUUACCAUGAGUUCCCACCCAGGUGGUAUCACCCGUCUGAAAGAACCCUGAGAAUUUCUUGCAUGUCUGCCUCUUCCAGAAACCAGCCCAGGAAGGAAGAGGGAGGCUGGUCUCAAAAAAACCUGUAGGUGUGGGGUGUGAUACUCGCUGUAGCCACUACGGGGCGCGCGCAGGUCGCGGAUUUCCCUGGUAGCUAGUCCGCGAGUCCCUCCAUCCCCGACACUGCCGGUUAGUUAAUCAAUGGAUCCCUAGUUACUGCGCGCAGGUCCCCCGCCUUGCCGACUCCAGCCGGGCGAGAUCGGGAGCAGGCUUCUGGCCUUGCAGACCUCUGGAGCGCGCCGAGCCCCUCUUUGUACUCAUCCUCGCUAAACAGCUUGGGACCCAGACAUUGAAGUAUUUUUUUUCUCUCCGAUCUCGGACACCUCCUCUGUCUCUAUUUACUAGCCAUGUGAACUUGGCCAAAUCGCUUCACCUCCCUGAGCCUCAGUUUCCUCAUCUGUCAAAUGGGGGUUGAUAAACACCUACCUCGCAGGGUUGUUGUGAGGAUUUAAUGCGAUAAUGUAUGUAAAGCGCCUUGCACAGUGCCUGGUACACAGUAGGCGCUCAAUAAAUCUAAGCUUCCCUUUGUCCAA